CAAUAGAUCAUGAUAUUGAGAACUCGCCUAUAAUUGUCCUUGCACCAACUGGGGUUGCAGCUUUCAACAUUCAUAGUAAAAUGAUCUAUUCAGCACUCUCCAUUCCAGUAACUGGUACCAACUUUGAUAUAGCUGGUAAACGUCUGAAAAAGCUGCAAAAAAAAUUAACUGGUGUGGUCUAUGUUAUCAUCGAUGAAAAAAGCAUGGUGGGAUGUCGCAUGCUUGUUCUAAUUGACAUGCGACUAUAUCAAGCCUUUUCUGAACAUCAAAAUCAGCCCUUUGGUGGUCAAUCAGUUAUUCUAGUUGGCGAUUUUGGCCAACUCCCACUGGUACUUGAUUAUCCCAUGUACGCGCAAAGCCUUAGCCAUGACCCGCUAUCAAAUGAUGGUAUUGUUGCAUAUAAGCAAUUUCAAGAGGUUUAUCAGCUUGAUAUUGUUCACUGUCAGUCCGAUGAUUCAGAUGAGCAAUUGCUUUCCACACAAUUCAAUGGUUCAUCAAGCAUACAACCUAGCGAGUAUGAACAAUUUUCAGAUACUAUAUAUAUCCUGCUUCAGAAAGUUGACGUUGAUAAAGUUAAUAUUAGUAAACUUAGAUCGUUAAAUCGACCCAUUGCUAGGAUUCACGCUGUUCAUACAGGUAUUGAAGCGUCUAAAGCUGAUUCAGAUAUCGCGAAAGAGGUGCGCGUGUUAUGCUCAAAGCAAAUUUAUGUGUAG